AUGUCACCGCGCCCGAUCCUGAAGGCGUUCGCCUCAGAAGAGAUCCCAGCCUCCACCCAGUACCAGCCCCCGCUCUCAGGCGCGCUCCCAUUCGCGACGUAUCCGCACGGCAUGCAGACCCCGCACGUCCACUUCCCCCCAACGCCCGGCCUCGCAUCGCAUCAUACCACCCACUCGCCCGCGCAGUACGAUCGGGCGCCCAUCGUCAUCGAGCCCAACGCCUGUGCGCUCCCCGAGCGGGGCGGACGAGUGUGCUCCCCGCCGAGCAAGAAGCGGCGCACAGCCCCAGCCAAGGGCAGCUACUUCCACCCUCGCGCCUACGAGGCGAUCGAGCCCGAGUCGCCAAGCAGUCCCCCACCGCUGAUCCUGGACACGUCUGCGUCAUCAUCGUCCUCGUCCUCCUCGGAGUCGACUGACGAGUCGGACGUGUGCAUGUCGCCGCCGGUGUCGUCGCCCAAGGAGGAGCGUCGGCUGUCCUUCUUGCCCCAUGCACCGGGGGCGGAGAUGGAUCAGGAUACACGGCCCUCUCCGACGAAGCGCAAGCACACACGACGCCCCACAGGUCCCAUACGCCGGCUCAGUAGUGCUCGCGUUCCCUUCUCAUCCUUCGCCGAGUCGUCAGAGGACGACGACGCUGCCUGUCUGGGCGGCUUCUGA